AUGAAUUUUCUGGAUGGAGGGCAGGCAACACAACAAUUUUCAAUUUUCAGUUUCCUCCCAUCCACAUCCGAGGCGCGUGUUUGCAAAACGACCCUCAACCGAAAAAGAGCAUUAAAUGCUUUAUUAUGUAAAACCAGUGCACGAUUAUGUGAAAUUUUCAAAAGCAAAACCCAAAAAGCGAUUCGACGUAAUGUAAUGUGGUCAUUAAGCUCAGAAAAGAAGACGAAACACGAUGAAGAAAAUGCCAAUGUCAUGAGAAACUUGAAAACAAACGACUCGAGAUCAAACAAGAAGAAUAUCUUAAACAGGCUUAAUGUCGAUAAACAAUUUGAAUCACAAGACUAA